AUGUACUCUUUCUCUUCAAUUCCUUCUUACAGCUCAACACUGCCGUCUUUUGGUUUUCUUUUUGACAUUGAUGGUGUACUGGUACGAGGAAAGACUCCAAUUCCUGCUGCAAAAACAGCCUUUCAAAAGCUAGUUAAUUCUCAGGGACAAUUCUUGGUGCCUGUAGUAUUUGUCACCAAUGCAGGGAAUUGCCUUCGCCAGAAAAAAGCUGAUCAGUUGUCUCAUCUACUGGGAGUUCCAAUUUCACAAGAUCAAGUGAUGAUGUCACACAGUCCUCUGCGGAUGUUCAAACGUUACCAUGAAAAAUGUGUUCUUGUAUCUGGACAAGGACCGCUUCUUGAUAUUGCUCAAGACCUUGGUUUCUGUCAACCUAUUACCAUUGAAACAUUGCGGGAGAAACACCCUUUGCUAGAUGUAGUUGACCAUGACAGAAGACCUAAUGUUCUGUACCCCUCUGCUGUGGAGCUUCCCAAGAUUGAGGCUGUUGUUUUGUUUGGGGAACCAGUCAGAUGGGAAACCAACCUUCAGUUGAUAAUAGAUGUUUUGCUGACAAGUGGCUAUCCUGGAAAUCCGCAUCACCAUGAAAAUUACCCUCACAUUCCUGUACUUGCUUGUAAUAUGGAUCUGAUGUGGGUAGCCGAAGCGCAGUCUCCAAGGUUUGGGCAUGGAACAUUCAUGGUUUGUUUGGAAAACAUUUACAAGAAGAUCACUGGCAAAGAUCUGAAAUACGAGGCCUUAAUGGGCAAACCUAGUAAACUGACCUACCAGUAUGCGGAAUACCUCAUCAGGGCUCAGGCAGCAGAAAGACAAUGGAAGCAACCUAUUCAAACUCUUUAUGCUGUCGGAGAUAAUCUCAUGACUGAUGUCUAUGGUGCUAACCUUUACAAUCGCUAUCUUGAAGAGAACUCCAGAAAAGGUUCAAAAUCACGGAUUCAGGCCAAAGUUGCUGGUGGCAGAGGAUCUGCCACUCUCUCUCAGGAUGAUGAAAUAGACAACAGUUGGGAGACUGAAUUAGCAGCUGCAGCUGCUGCCCGCUGUAGGUCUGUUCUUGUUUGUACUGGGGUUUACAACCCUCACACAGAGGUACCCUUGGAUACCAGGGAGAGCAUAACUGAAACAGUGUUCCACGGCCACAGAGAUUUUAGAUUUGAUCCUGGUUUAGUCGAACCAGAUCAUAUUGUACCAGAUGUGGAUGCUGCUGUAGACCUGGUCUUCCAGCUGGAGAACUUUGCACCUAAUUGAGAUGACAUGAUUGCUUAAGGACUACUCAGUGCUGUGCUUUUCUUCCCAAAAAACAAACUGUGCUUUAAAAUCAUGCCACAAACUGCUGCUUUCUAAAAUUCUUAACUUUUGAAUUAAUAUAUUUAAUAUAAGAU